UGUUAAUACAGGUAGUUUAUAUGUGUACGUAAUUUGAUUCAUGAAAACUGUUCGUUCCAUGUUCUCUGUCUAUGAGUGUUUCUGCUCUCGCUGUGAUGAGUUUUUAUGCUUGCUUUAUUCCACAAGUAAGUGUCAGAUAUCAAACAGGUGGAUACCACAGAAAAGACGUGAAAAAAGUGUUGAGAGUCCCUCACCAAAAUUUGAAUUGUACUGAAUGUAGAACCUGAAACGUUCACAUGCAUGUUUAAUAAGUGCGGAACAACAGCGAGUUAAAUUUCGAGCAAUGAGUUCGCAUAAAGGCACAGAUGAAAUUGACCGCAGUGCGGUGACUAAUAGUGACCAACAGCGUAGCAAUGCUGCAGAAAUACCUAAGACGGUGGAAUCCGAAAGUAAAGCAGCUUCCACCGUACAAGAGACUUCGCUUUCUGUGACGAACAACUUGGGCGGGACAACAGAUAAGGAAACACCUAAGACCACCAAUUGGGUCAAGUUUGAAGACGAAGACGAUGGCGGUAAAAAAGAAACACCAAAUCCCUUGGUUCCACCCUCUUCUUACAAGACGACUGCAUCAGCAACCACUAAACAGGACGAUGUAACUCCAGCCGUUCUGCUCACCGAAUCUGUUCACAUUAACUUGGAGUCGAGAAUACCGAGUUCACCAAAGCAAGGCAGCCAAGCGAGUAGCGUAGCUUCGCCAACUCAAUCUAACCUUCCAGCGGUCACAAACAACAAGACAUCACAACCCGCAGUAAUAGACAUUCCAAAACAGUCCGUCAAUGUUGUUCAGCCGAUCCAGUCAAUGCGCACAAUUGAACUCUCAACCGGACGCGUUAGAGAAGGAUUUGCAAACGGUGAUGUUAUUGUUACAUUGUUACCAACCAAUACUCGAUGGCCUUGGAUAACUCCGGCCGUAUUUCGCCCAGAGCUUGUACCAGAGGAAUUGAUGGCCCAGGGGUUAACACUCACCGUUGAGGAGUAUGUACACGCUAUGGAAACUCUUGUGAAUGACUACCGGUUCACCAUGUACAACAUAUGCUACAAACGUGUCCUGGUAGUGUGGAUCCUGUUUGCGUUCGUAGUUCUACUGGGACUACUGUUUUCAGGCCUUUACGGAAUAACGUUGUUUUCGCUAGGCGUUGGUUGGCUUUUCCUCAACGCUGCUGCGAUUUUUUUGUGCAUGUGGGUCAAACUCCGGCUUGCUCGUGGACUUGAACGAUGUAUGGCUCGCGUGAAUAAACAAUUGAUAAGACACAAAAUUCUGCUAGCAUUGGACGACCGAGGACACAUUUCGUGCCAUAAGGUUAACCUGUGCUUUAUGUACUUUGAACCUUCGCAGUGCAUAAGCUAUUUGAACGAGUUUAUCGAGCGGAGUGAACAGAACGGAAACACAAUCGAGCCUGGAUGGGAAAGCCGGCUGGAUGUGGCCACCAACGAUAUCGUGAUUCAAGGAGCCAACACUACGCGACUGUCAAGAAAGCAGGGCAGAGCAGAGGAAAUUUUCCUACGUUACCUGCAACGUUGGGGUAAGGAUUACCUUCGCAGGCGCCUGGACUGGACCAUUGAAGAAAAUGGCAUCGUUUCAUCACCAAGACACAUCCCCACUGCCUAUUGUCCUUGUCAGUAUGCCGAAGAAGUUCUGCUACAUAAAAAACCAAAAGAUGACCCACGAGUUUGUUGCGCAUCACUUCGCCAGCGAAUACAAAGAAUAGGAUUCCAAUUUUGAAACCCAAAACACAAUGUCGAUAAAAGUCAACAAGCGCUAAACAGAUCUAAGCCGAACGAACUGAAGUGAAGCAUACUGUACAACUUAGAAACUUUACUAACAAUUAGUACAAACACGUUAACAUAUUGUGCCUCAAAAUGAAAAAAAUACAAAAUUAAUGGAUAUUGAAUAUCGGUGGAGGGAGAUUUUGUAGAUAACUGACUAAAAUCCACUUAUAAAGUAGGAUCUAAAUAAGCUAAUUAUUACACAGCCUUAAUGAAUGAAUCCAAGUCAAUGCAAUGACGUCUAUGAGAUCAACAAAAAGAAAUUAACAUGCUUUGUUACAGGAACGAGGACUGCUGCUGUUGCUGCGUUACGCCUCCAGAUGGGGUAACGAGACGAUGCGGGGAUUGCUUGAUGUAUCGUCUGUUGAACCUGCGCGCCAUUGUCGUCAGUUUCAAUGUCCUUGUCAGUAUAUCGAGUUCCACCU